AUUUUUCGAAUACAUUGUUUACCAUGUAUUUCUGACCAUUUAUGGUUGUUUGGAUGUUAACUAGUAGCAGUGAACCAGGUAUCUGCACAUUCUGCAGCAGUGUGUUCAGUGUUGCAGUUAGCUUGAAGCUAACUAACUCUGUCAGGGGAGACAUUCUGAGAGUUUGAACAGGGCCCUGCUAGGAAGAUGGACAGUGAAAUCCAACGAGAUGGGAGAGUCCUGGAUCUCACUGAUGAUGCCUGGAGGGAAGACAAGCUGCCGUAUGAAGAUGUCACCAUCCCUCUGAGUGAAUUGCCUGAGGCUGAGCAGGACAAUGGAGGUUCCACAGAGUCUGUGAAAGAGCAAGAGAUGAAGUGGACAGACCUCGCCCUGCAGAGCCUGCACGAAAACACACCGAGCACUGGCAACUGAAAGUGUAAUGUGGAAUCAGACUAUUGGACAUAAACAUACAUACAUGCAGAUGGACACUUCAUCUUUUUGCAUUUUUACUGAAGUAUAUACAACAAGUUCCAGCUAAGCAGGGAUGAGGCAAAAUGUAUGUUUGCAUUGUUAUUGGGUUUCUAAUCCAUUCUUCAUAAAUAAAUUGUAAUAACAUAAAUGGAAAAGGGUCACAGACAA